AGUGUUUGCGUUUUAAGCUACAAAUAAAGUUGUUUAUCCAAACAUGCCUAUGUAAAUUUACAUGUUCUCAACUUCAACUUCAACUCUUCAUCUUUCCCUCACUCAAAAGAAAACUUCCACUUUUCACAUUUGAGACAGGAAGGAAAGAUACUAACUUCAUUCACCCAACCAACCAACCAACCAAGCAGAACAACAACGAUGGAUCGACACACAGCAACAACAAUGGUAUGAAUCGAACAUUCUUAUUACUCUGAUUUUGUUACUAUCAUCAUGUUUUGUUACUAUCGGAGAACAUUGCUCUUCCCUAAUAACCUCAAAUUCAGAUUCAAAACACUAACAGUAACACAAUCUUCAUUUCUUCUCCAACCCUUUUCUUCAUCUACCAAACAACAACAACACUCUUUCACAGUUAACUAUCUCAUUCAAAAUCUUGGUUUCUCCCCACAAACAGCUUCCAAACUCUCCAAACGACUUCAACUCAACAACUCACAAAAACCAGACUCAGUCCUCUUAUUAUUCAAAUCCUAUGGCUUCUCAAACUCCCAGUUAUCAACUCUCAUCAAAACCUACCCUAAUCUUCUCUCUGUUAAUCCCAACAAGACCAUUCUUCCUAAAUUCAACUUCCUUCUCUCAAAGGGUGCUUCAAAUUCAGACCUUGUCUACAUCAUCUCCAAAAAUCCUUUUAUAUUGUGUCGAAGCUUGGAAAAUACAAUAACCCCUUGUUAUCAUUUUAUCAAAAGAUUCUUACUUUCUGAUCAAUCUAUCAUCGCUUCUCUCAAACAUUGCGCUUGCUUGCUUUAUUCUAAAAUCCCAUCUCACAAUAUUCAAUUCCUGCUUCAAAAUGGGGUACCUGAGUCUAAAGUUUGUAUUUUUUUUCGAAAUUGGUAUUCUAUAUUUGCUGAGAACCCUCCAAGAUUUGAGAAGGCGGUGGUGGAAGUAAAGGAAUUAGGAUUUAAACCCGAAACAACGUUUUUCAUUGUUGCAUUGCGUGCUAAGAUUAAUAGAAAAUUCCUUUGGGAAAGGAAGAUUGAUGUCUAUAAGAAAUGGGGUUGGUCUGAAGAAAGUUUUGUCUCGGCAUUUUUGAAGUAUCCAUGGUGUAUGUUGGCAUCUGUUAAUAAAAUUGAGGCAACAAUGAAUUUUUUUGUUGAUCACAUGGGUUGGAACCCUAUUGUGCUUGCAAAACACCCAAUACUUCUUUUGUUGAGUCUUGAGAAAAGGGUUAUUCCUAGAGCUUUUGUCUUGAAAUUUCUUGAAUCCAAAGGUUUGAUUAAGGAUGCUAAAUUGGCUGCAGCUUUCAAAGUUUCUGAGGAUGUGUUUUUGAAGAGAUUUGUGACUUGCUACGAGGAAGAAGCUUCUCAACUGUUGAAGUUGUAUGAAGAGAAAAAAGAUGUUUCCAAUAGGAUGUUGAAAAAAGAUUUUAAGCCGUGAGAUUGGCGACCACAAUCUGAGAGAAGUUACAUCAAGGGUCUUUGCGACACGACCAUGGUCAUCUACUGGAUUUGACGGUGACUGCAAUCUAGAACCUUGUUUUGAAGAUAGCACUGAUAUGCAAGUGGUGUCUCACAUCUGUGAUUUUUUUGGGGUUUCAAAUAGUCAGCUUUGAUUGGUAACUAGUAUCAGCUCAUCAAUUACUUGACCAUCCUAUAAGAUUUCUUCAUUGAUUAAAGGGAAAACCACGACCAUUUAGACUAGGAUUACUUGUUGUAUUUGACAGAUGAAAUAAUAUGAGUUUUUGUGAUCAAAGAUACUUCUUCAUCUUCCA